AUGACUUCAGCAGAACAAGAUCAGGAUAUGGCACUAAAUGCGCUCAAUGUAACAUACGAUAUCGCCAAUACACAACUCGAGCUGAGUAAACAACCCUCAAAAAUAUCGACUUACUUUCCGAGUUAUUACAAAUACCUACGGAGACCAGAGGAUACGACUGAUGCGCUAGAAAAGCAAACGUCUAGUAGUAAUAUUACCAAUAGCCGUCGGAAGGAACAACAGCUCCAAGGGAAGAAAAGCAGAAUCAGUAAUCAUCCAUCCAAUGGCGUUCUACGCGCACAUGUCAUCAAAGCAGAAUGCUGCCUACAAAUGGCUGUAUUACAACUAUUACAAGAAUCGAUGAUGGGAUAUUUGAAAUGCGGGUUGAACCUACGACGAGCUUUUGUCUCUUAUAAUUAUGUAUGGCAAGAAUACCAGAAAAUGGGGUCUGAUCAUACAGCCUUUAUGGAUGCAGACACAGUAUCCGGCGUGCAGUUUGGCAUCGGUUCUGUCCAUUUAGUUUUAUCCGCUCUACCAGCAAAGAUACUGAAAGCCUUUUCAUUUUUCGGCUGGAAACCCGAUAGAGAACUAGGUAUUUCAUUAUUGAACAAAUGUCGACAGAGCCAACGUGUCAGGUCCUCUAUGGCUACGAUCACAUUGUUAUCAUACUAUACAGUAGCUACUUCCUUUGCACCCCAAAUAUUGACAGAUGUCUACAGCAAGACUUGCAUGGAUAUUCUUCUGCAGAAUGCUCAGAAAUACCAUCCUGACUCAACACUCAAUUUGUUCUUUGCUGGACGUACAGCUCGUCAAUACGGUUUUGAUCUACCGUUAUCCACACAAUCCUUUUUGUACGCAGCGGAAAUUAGUCGAGGCGAAUGGGCUGAAGUGGCUGUUACCAAUGCUUGCCGGUUUGAAAUGGCUCUCAAUCAUAUGGUGACGGGGAAUUGGGAGCAUGCUGCUGCUACUUUUGAGUAUUUGGAAGAACAACAAUAUUGGUCAGUUGCCUUUUGUCGAUAUGCGCAAGGCGCUUGUUAUAGUAUGAUACCGGAACGUAGAGAAAACGCCAUUUUAUGUUUUGCACAAGUGCCGCAAUUGAUCAAUAACAGUAGAGGUGACAAGAGCAACAGCAAUGAUCAUGGUAAUAGAAAAUAUUACCAACAGCUUCAACACAAAAUUAAACAAUUGGGAGGCGGACUAUCUGAUAUCAACACUUAUAUUCUUCGUAAAGUUACCAUGUUUCAAAAAAGCGGAUAUCAGAAUUUACACUUCUACGUACCCGCUUUAGAAUUCAUGUGUUUAUGGAAUCUCUUUCCUUAUGCAAGCCCAGAAUUAUUAGUAGAAUGGUUAAAUCAACACGUGCAGACUGCCUUAAUGGCUAUUCAGAAAUGUGAAAUGAAAGAACAAGAACAGCGUCUAUUGGACUUGGCACCAAAUACGCCCUUACCAGACUACUUUAAUGAACGAGCUACUCUUUAUGUUAUAAAGUCAUCUAUUAGGAAUUCCUUCCCUUCCAAUCAACAGCAAGUACUGGAUGGAGACGAUCUUUUAUUGGAUAUUAACUGGGUGGUAGACCAUAAAGACUGUAUCUCAGAAGAUACUUGGACAGUGCCUUAUGCCUUAUGGGAAGCAGGCGUUAUUUCCUGGUCUAGGGGCAAUAAAUUAAAAAGUAAACAACUAUGGGAGAUGGCUUUGCAACAUAGAAAGCAUGACUUUGAGUAUCGUUUAGCUGUACGAUUGACGUUGUGUUUGUUGCUUGUAGAAGAAUCUGGAAUUGCUACGACUUUAAUGGAAGGUUAG